UGCAGUAACUGUAUGAUUACGAAGCUGUCAUUGCGACGUCGUAUUAAAAAUAUUUUGUUGUGUUUGUCUAAAGUAGUUAUACCGUAUUUUAUUAUUAUACUAUUUGAGUUAUACUUUGUAUAUUUCUUUAAAAAGUAGUUUUACUUUAAACAUUUAUUAUUAGAAACAGAAAAAAUGACUCGACAUGCUAGAAAUUGCACCGCUGGUGCAGUGUACACAUAUCACGAGAAGAAAAAGGAUGCUGCUGCUUCUGGAUACGGGACUCAAAGCGAAAGAGUCGGAAAAGAUUCUGUGAAAAGUUUCGAUUGUUGCAGCUUAACCUUACAGCCUUGCAGAAAUCCAGUCGUGACGAAAGAUGGUUACUUAUUUGACAAGGAAGCUAUUUUGGAAUACAUUAUCACUAAAAAGAAUGAAUACACACGAAAAUUGAAACAGUACGAGAAGCAGUUGAAAAAAGAACAAAAUGAGUUGAAAGAGCUGGCAGCCGCCGAAAAGGAAGCAAAUUUGGUGAAAUUUAUGAGCAGAGAAAAGAAUAUUUCACAUAGCAAAUCUUCAGACAACCAGCCAUCAAGUUCUGUCUCCAAUCUAGCCAAUGGCAAACAUAAAGAACUACCCAGUUUUUGGAUACCAUCCCAGCUUCCCGAUGCGAAGAUUGCAAAAAUGGACAAACCUGAUCCAACUGUUUAUUGUCCCAUAAGCGGCAAACCUUUAAAAAUGAAGGAUUUGAUAGAAGUGAAGUGGACGUUGGUAAAUGAUCCAGAUGACAAAAAGUCACUCAUAGCUAAGGAGAAUAGGUACAUGUGUCCAAUUACACAUGAUAUACUAAGCAAUGCAGUGCCAUGUGCAAUUAUCAGAACUAGUGGCCAUGUCGUCACAAUGGAGUGCGUGGAGAAGAUCAUCAAGAAAGACUGGCUGCAUCCUUUAACCGGCGAAAAACUGAAAGAAAAGGACAUUAUACCUCUCCAGAGGGGAGGCACGGGCUAUGCACUUACUAAUCAAAAUCUAGAAGGGAAGAAUGAAAGACCUGUGCUACAAGCUUAGAAAAUGUUUAUUAUAGUUAUUACUAUUGGUAUUUAAUAAAUUUAUGUUUUCU